AUGACUCAGUCCUAUACUCCGUCUCAGAGGGUUCAGUUUCUGCUGGGCACUGAGGAUGGUGAUGAAGAGCACAUACCACAUGACCUCUUCACUGAGCUGGAUGAGAUCUGCCUCCGUGACGGAGAGGAUGCUGAGUGGAGAGAAACCGCCAGGUGGCUGAAGUUUGAAGAGGACGUGGAGGAUGGAGGUGAGCGCUGGAGUAAACCGUACGUUGCGACGCUCUCUCUGCACAGUCUCUUUGAGCUGCGGAGCUGCAUUACAAACGGCACCGUCAUGUUGGACAUGAGAGCCAGCUCUCUGGAGGAGAUUGCAGAUAUGGUGCUGGACCAACAAGAAGUGGCUGUGCAACUCGAAGAUGAUGUCAGGAAGAAGGUCAAAGAGGCUCUUCUGAAGCAGCACCAUCAUCAGAACCAGAAGAAACUGGCCAAUCGGAUUCCCAUCGUCCGCUCUUUCGCAGACAUCGGCAAGAGGCAGUCUGAGACAAACUGCAUAGACAAAAAUGGUGCAUCAUCUCAUCUCUUUAAGUGUCCUCUGUGGCAGUCAGUUGUUUGUGAUGGGAACGAUGGACAGGUCUCAUCUUGUUCUCCAUGUUGGCCUCUGUGCUGCUCGUCCAGAGUGUCCAUCACCUCACCUCUCCCUCCUCCAUCCUCCACAUCCACCCACCCAAAUCAGAACCCCACCGCCUCCUUCAGCCUGGACAGAGACGACGGCUUGGAUCCAGGCAACUGUCAGAUGAUUCCUCCCCAGUCUCAACCACUGACCACAGAGGGCAAGAAUGACGUGAGCCGUGAAAACAGUGCUGUGGACUUCAGCAAGAUGAUUCCUCCCCAGUCUCAACCACUGACCACAGAGGGCAAGAAUGACGUGAGCCGUGAAAACAGUGCUGUGGACUUCAGCAAGAUAGACCUGCACUUCAUGAAGAAGAUUCCUCCAGGUGCAGAGGCCUCUAAUGUUUUGGUUGGAGAGCUGGAGUUUCUGGACAGGCCCAUCGUGGCGUUUGUCCGCCUCUCUCCUGCCGUACUGCUGAACGGCCUGGCGGAAGUUCCCAUCACCACCAGGUUCCUGUUCAUCCUGCUGGGGCCUCUGGGUAAAGGACCACAAUAUCACGAGAUUGGCAGAUCAAUUGCUACCUUGAUGACAGAUGAGGUUUUCCAUGAUGUGGCCUAUAAAGCUAAAGACCGCAAUGAUCUGAUUGCUGGAAUCGAUGAAUUUCUUGACCAGGUUACAGUUCUGCCACCGGGAGAAUGGGACCCGUCCAUCAGGAUAGAGCCGCCAAAAAACGUCCCGUCCCAGGAGAAGAGAAAGAUCCCUGCAGUGCCUAAUGGAGAGCUGGCAGAGACGGAGGAACAUGGUGGACAUGGAGGCCCUGAGCUGCAGCGCACCGGGAGGCUUUUUGGUGGAUUGGUUCUGGAUGUGAAGAGGAAGGCUCCACACUUCCUGUCGGAUUUCACAGAUGCGCUCAGCCUGCAGUGUUUGGCCUCUUUCCUGUUCCUGUACUGCGCCUGCAUGUCCCCUGUUAUCACCUUCGGAGGACUGCUGGGAGAAGCCACAGAGGGACGCAUAAGUGCAAUUGAAUCACUGUUUGGAGCCUCUAUGACUGGAAUUGCUUACUCGCUAUUUGCCGGACAGCCUCUCACUAUUCUGGGCAGCACCGGACCCGUCCUGGUGUUUGAGAAAAUAUUAUUCAAAUUCUGCAAUGUGGUGAUCUCUGAUUUUGACUGCAUUGAGAAGAAAGGAGAAUUUGUGGGGUCGGCUUGCGGGCCUCACGGUCCGUACGUUCCUGAUGUUCUCUUCUGGUCUAUAGUUCUCUUCUUCUCUACUGUGGCCAUGUCAGCGUUCCUCAAAGAAUUCAAGACCAGCCGCUACUUCCCCACCAAGGUCAGAGCCAUCAUCAGUGACUUUGCAGUCUUCAUCACUAUUUUUACGAUGGUUCUGGUGGAUUACGUUUUAGGAGUGCCUUCCCCCAAACUGAAGGUCCCUAAUGUGUUUAAGCCAACUCGUGAUGAUCGUGGGUGGUUCAUUAACCCGCUGGGUCCGAACCCGUGGUGGACGUGUGUGAUUACAGUCGUUCCCGCCCUCCUCUGCACCAUCCUCAUCUUUAUGGACCAGCAGAUCACAGCUGUUAUCAUUAACAGGAAGGAGCACAAGCUGAAGAAAGGCUGUGGCUAUCAUCUGGACCUGUUCAUUGUGGGCGUGAUGCUGGGCGUCUGCUCUCUGAUGGGGCUGCCGUGGUUCGUGGCAGCGACGGUUCUGUCCAUCUCUCACGUCAACAGUCUGAAGCUGGAGUCCGAGUGUUCGGCGCCCGGAGAACAGCCCAAGUUCCUCGGGAUCAGAGAGCAGCGGGUCACUGGCCUCAUGAUCUUCCUCCUCAUGGGCUGCUCUGUAUUCAUGACCUCAGUGCUGAAGUUUAUUCCAAUGCCAGUGCUGUAUGGAGUUUUCCUUUACAUGGGUGCAUCUUCACUGAGAGGAAUACAGUUUUUUGAUCGUUUGAGAUUGUUCGGGAUGCCGGCUAAACACCAGCCAGACUUCAUUUACCUGAGACACGUUCCACUCCGAAAGGUUCAUCUGUUCACCAUCAUCCAGCUCAGCUGUCUGGUUCUCCUCUGGGUCAUCAAAACCUCCAGAGCUGCCAUAGUCUUUCCCAUGAUGGUGUUGGCACUGGUCUUCAUUAGGAAGCUGCUGGAUUUUAUCUUCACUAAGCGAGAUCUCAGCUGGCUCGAUGACCUCAUGCCCGAGAGCAAGAAGAAGAAACUGGAGGACGCUGAGCGAGAGGAGGAGCAAAGUAUUUUGGCAGAGGAAGAAGGAAUCGUACAAGUGCCAUUGGAGGGACAUUACAAAGAUGAUCCUUCUACUGUCAACAUUACUGAUGAAAUGUCCAAAGGCUCCUUUGGAAAUACUUGGAACUCCAAAACUGAUCUGAACUCAAAAAGCCUGUCUAAUAAGAAAGUGCACAAGGAGCGUCGAUGGAAAGAAGAUUCACUGUGUUCAUGCACACACACACACACACACACACACACACACACACACACACACAGAUUUACCUAGCUAUCGAAAUAGACAUAUAUUGUUUUUUAAGGAAUAGUUCACAAAAAUAAAAUGAA